AUGAACACAGCAAUUGCCAAUAGGGAAGUUCAAUAUGAACAUUUCGAGAAAUGGACCACUGGGGGCGAUAAAGAACGCUAUGGAGGUUUGGGCAAUAGCGAAAGCGCCAACAAUCGAGUCAUAGGCAUCACUUAUGGAAACUUUAUAGUGAACGUUAGAAAUAUCACCAGAUUGGAUGGUGCGAAUAAAGAAAGUGUUAACGAGGGAUGA